UUCUUAUUCAGGAAGCAGCGCACGAUCUUUCGUGAAUUUUCAGUUUCCCAUAUCGCGUCUGCAGUUCCUCUGCAGUUCCUCUGCGCCUCAUAAACUGCAGAAAUUGGUGGUUGAUUUUGCAUCUGAUCCUCCGAUGAACUCGUCUCCGUUUAUGGACAAACAAAUCAUGGGGCUUUCCGGGUCGCCGGCGGGUCUCGGAGGCGUUAGCGCAGGCGGCGGCGAUGAACUCUUCGAUCUGAUGAGUACUCAGCAAGAGCGGCGCGACAGCGUCGGCUUACUGAACAGGGAAGGGAUCCUUCCCAGUUAUGAUUUUCAACCCAUCCGUCCCUUGUCGUCGCCGCCAAAUAGCUCUGGUGAUGAUGCGAGCAGACAUUCUCGGUUCUCAUCGGAACCCCUCUUUGGAGCGACAACUAUUAGUCCUGACAUCAAGCUUGCCCAGCGUUAUGGUGCUUCAGUGGAAGAUGUAGAAAACACAGUUAAGAAGUAUGCUGAUAUUAUCUUACAUUCUCUUGAAGGUAUGGGUUCAAGAUUGUCUCAGCUAGAGAGCAGAACAUGCAUUCUUGAAAAUUCCGUAGAUGAUCUGAAGGUUUCAAUUGGAAAUAACUAUGGAAGCUUGGAUGGAAAGCUGAGACAGUUGGAAAAUAUUUUAAGAGAGGUACAAACCAGCGUGCAGGUACUGCGAGACAGACAGGAGAUUGCAGAGGCUCAUCUUGAGCUUGCAAAAUUGCAGCUUUCAACAAAGGCAGAUCACCAACAAUCUGAAAUCUCACUAGCACCAUCUGAAUUGCAGCAGAAACAGCAAUAUCAGCAGCAGCAAGCACAUCCACCUCCACCACAGCCACCUAUGCAACAAGCCCCUCAACUGUCAGCAAUUACUCCUUCCCUGCCAUCUCCACCUCCACCACCCCCAGCUCCUAAUGCACCACCUCCACCACCUCCACUCCCUCAGCAAAACCAACAUCCUGUUCCUUAUACCCCACAAUUACCCUUACAGCACCAGUUGCCUUCCAUCCCUUCUCUCCCAUUAGAACAGACUUACUCAAAACCAUCUCAUCAGUUAACACAGUACACUCCAACAGGACAACCAAGUGAACCCACCCAUCAACAACAAUACCAAAUGCCUCAGUCCCAUCCACAACCACAACAUGGACUAGCUCAGUCCCAACUUUACCAGCCAUCUCCUCAAGUACCACAGUACUCCCCACCAAUCCAACCAGAAGAGCCAAACACCUAUCUGCCACCCUCUCAGUCCUACCCUCCAAACAUCCGACAACCCUCUUCUCAGUCCCCAAAUGGACCACCGCAUCAAUACUAUGGUGGAGCCAAUCCUCCCUUGUACGAGCUAACACCAGCUAGCAGGCCUAGUUCUGGGAACAUGUCCAUCCCUUCCAGCUAUGGCGGGCCUGGCUUCGCAGAACCAUAUCACUAUAGCAAUUCACCAUCCCACUAUAACUCCAAACCCUCCCCUUUCUCUUCAGCACCACUGUCAGGUGGAAAUGGAAACUACCAGCGUCUCCCUACAGCAAAGAUACUUCCUCAAGCCGCUCCAGCUGGGUCGAGCUCCGGUGGCGGAGGUCCGACUGGAAACAGAGUUGCAGUUGAUGAUGUGGUUGACAAGGUUGCAACCAUGGGCUUCUCUAGGGAACAGGUUAGGGCAACUGUGAGGAAGCUGACCGAGAAUGGACAGUCUGUUGAUUUAAAUGUUGUUCUGGAUAAGCUUAUGAAUGAUGGAGAGGUGCAUCAGCCGGCAAAGGGAUGGUUUGGAAGAUGAUGACCUUGAUUUUUCAUUGUAGGUCUGUGUAUAAUGUGCUGCCUCUGAAAACAUUCGUUUCCUUGUGCAUGCUUGGCUUGCUAUUAAACCAUUUACUAGUAACAUAAGCAUGGAUUCGUUAAAUUCUUGUUUUGAAUAUGUUUAUCUUACGUAGUUUCAGGAAUUUGUAAUUGGCUAGGUUUGUUUGUCUUGUUUCCGAGUUAAUUAUCGAGCU